UCAAAUAUUAAUGUAUUCUUAGUUAGUGACGUUGAAACAUAAACAAAUUCUUAUUUAAUUUACUACUUAUUAAUCGAGUUUUGUGAAGAUAUAAUGUCUGGAUUCACUAAUGAUAAUGAAACGUACUGGAGUCAGCAGCAAGGUGAUCCUCAGAGGAUGCAAAAUCCUUACUACAAUCCAGAGGCUGAUUACUCAAAUCUGCAAUCACAACAGCUAGCCACAGUUGUCAAGAUUGAGGAUAAAACAAAUUUUCAAUCAUUCAGUGAAGAGCAAAAGUAUGCAGGGCAGAGUAGCCAAUUUCAGUAUCCAGAGAUGUUCACUCCAAUGCCCCAAACCUAUGCAGAAGAGGGAAAUGACAAUGAGUUUGAUGAGCCUCCUUUGCUGGAGGAGUUGGAGAUAUACCCUGAUCGCAUCUUAGAGAAAACCAUUGCUGUUUUAAGACCAUUCAGGAGCGAAUGCCUAACUGAUGAUGCUGAAUUCCUGGCUAAACAAACUGAUUUGGCUGGACCAGUGGCGUUUUGUUUAUUAUUAGCUUGUUGUUUGUUUAUUUCAGGCAACAAAGCGCCAUUUGGUUAUAUUUAUGUGCUCUCUGUGAUCUCAUGUUUCUUGAUGUAUGUCCUAUUAAGCCUGAUGACAAACUCGACAGGAAUUUUCACGUUGUCAAGUGUAGCAAGCAUUCUGGGCUAUUGUUUACUGCCGAUUGUCGGACUUUCGAUAAUUGGAGUCUUCUCUACGUUGCACGGAAAUUUCGGUAUAAUUUUAGCGAUUUUAGUCAUUUCCUGGUCGAGUAUUUCCGCUUCGAGAUUGUUUUGCGCCAUGUCGAAGGAUUACGAACAAAGGCCAUUAAUUGCUUAUCCCUGUGCUCUUGUUUAUGGUGUAUUUGCUUUACUCGUUGUUUUCUAAAUCUCAAAAUAAACUAUUUUAACCCUUAUUGAACGAUGUUUUAAUUAUGCUUAUCCUUUUUGAAAAUAUCCUUAAAAA